UCGGGUGGCGGCAGUUCACUCGCCUGGCUGGCCCGGGGCGGGACGAGACAGCAGCUCGGCUGCCUAGGAGCCAUGGCACGGGGAAGUUUGCCGCUCCUCCUGCUCCUGGCGGCGCUCGGCAGCCGAGGCCAGCCGCCGCCGCCGCCGCAAAGAGGGUUGUUUCCCGCAGUGCUGAACCUGGCUACUAAUGCUCUCAUCACAACCAACGCUACCUGUGGAGAAAAGGGUCGGGAAAUGUACUGCAAACUUGUUGAACAUGUACCUGGACAGCCUGCAAGGAACCCUCAGUGCCGUAUUUGUGAUCAAAGGAGCAGAGUUCCCCAUCAACGACAUCCGAUAACAAAUGCAAUUGAUGGCAAGAACACUUGGUGGCAAAGCCCUAGUAUCCAGAAUGGAAUUGAAUAUCAUUAUGUGACCAUUACAUUGGACCUCCAACAGAUUUUCCAGAUUGCGUAUGUUAUUGUGAAAGCAGCUAACUCACCUCGACCUGGGAAUUGGAUAUUAGAGCGUUCGCUGGAUGGUGUAGACUAUCAACCAUGGCAGUAUUAUGCGAUCACGGACAGUGAGUGCCUGACACGUUACAACAUCCACCCUCGUCCUGGAACUCCAUCCUAUAUAAAAGAUGAUGAAGUAAUAUGCACUUCUUAUUAUUCCAAAAUCCACCCUCUGGAGAAUGGGGAGAUUCACACUUCUCUAAUUAAUGGACGGCCUAGUGCUGAUGAUCCUUCGCGUGUAUUGUUAGAAUUCACCUCUGCUCGCUUUAUUCGCCUGAGAUUUCAGAGGAUACGGACACUAAAUGCUGACUUAAUGAUGUUCGCACACAAAGAUCCAAAUGAAAUUGAUCCCAUUGUUACAAGGAGGUAUUACUAUUCCAUAAAAGAUAUCUCUGUUGGAGGCAUGUGUAUAUGUUCAGGCCAUGCGAAGGCUUGUCCACUGGAUCCAGCGACCAAUAAAUCCAUCUGUCAGUGUGAGCACAACACAUGCGGAGAGACAUGUGAUCGGUGUUGUCCUGGUUUCAAUCAAAAGCCUUGGCAUGCUGGCACUUUCCUGGUUAAGCAUGAAUGUGAACCAUGCAACUGCCAUGGGAAGACUGAGGAGUGUUACUAUGAUCAGGAUGUUGCAGACAGAAAUCAGAGUUUGAAUGUCCACGGAGAAUACAUUGGGGGCGGAGUGUGUGUGAACUGUACAAGCCACACCGGUGGCAUAAACUGCGAGACAUGUGUCGACGGUUACUUCAGACCUAAAGGGGUAUUGGCAGAUAGCCCAGAUCCAUGCCAGCCGUGUUCCUGUGAUCCAAAUGGGUCUUUACAUGAUACCUGUGUCAAAGACGAGAAACAUGCAGAAGGAGAUAUGUUGCCUGGUUUCUGUCACUGCAAGACUGGCUAUGCAGGAGAGAGCUGCAACAGGUGUGCCUUGGGUUACAUGGGAUACCCUGAGUGCCUGCCCUGCAACUGCUCGGUGAAAGGCAGUGCGAAUGUUGACCCUUGUGUAGGUCCCUGCACCUGCAAGGAACAUGUUGAAGGAGAAAACUGUGAUCGUUGCAAACCGGGUUUCUUCAAUCUGCAGCAAAAUAAUCCCAAAGGCUGUGAGGAAUGUUUCUGCUCUGGGAAAACAAACGUCUGCACACACUCUCACCUUACCUACAGAAGUAUAGAAGACAUGAAUGGAUGGUAUCUGACUGGCUUACCGGGUCUCAUCAGAGUUACCCCCAAGCAAAAGAGAUUUGACGGGCAUCAACAGUUUAGCAUCAGCAACGUGGCUGCACGAAAAGUACUGCCACAAACUUAUUAUUGGAGUGCACCCAGUUCUUACUUGGGCAACAAAGUAGCAGCAGCUGGAGGACAUCUCAAAUUUACAGUCUCCUAUGACUUCACAGAGAAAGAAGAGACAGUUCAAUUGAUGGUUCAAUCUGAUGUCAUCAUAGAGGGAGGUGACUUGAGAAUCAGCACUCCAAAAGAGGGGAUUCACCUGCAGCCUUCUGAAGAGCACACUGAAGAAAUUUUGCUGAAACCAGAAUCUUUCUCCGUGCAUGGCACUGAUGUUCCUGUCAGCAGGAGGGAGUUCAUGACUAUCCUUGCAAAUGUAAAGAGGAUCCUCAUAAGAGCCACAUACAGCUAUGGGAUGAAUGCCAUCUACAGACUACGAAGCGUUAGCAUUGAAGCUGCUGACCACACUUCAACUGGGAGAAAGGUGGCAUCUGCAGUGGAGUUAUGUGACUGUCCCCCGGGGUAUGAUGGUACCUCGUGUGAGUUUUGCUGGCCUCGACACAGGCGUGUGAAUGGCACAAUUUUUGGUGGGGUCUGUGCACCGUGUACAUGCUUUGGUCAUGCAGAAUUCUGUGAUGAUAUCACAGGGGAAUGCCUGGAUUGCCAACACAACACAGGUGGUUCAUAUUGUGAUAGAUGUCUUCCUGGCUUCUAUGGUGAUCCUACAAGAGGGACAGCUGAAGACUGUCAGUUGUGUGCUUGCCCCCUAAAUAUACCUUCUAACAACUUUAGCCCGACAUGCCAUUUUGACCGAAGUCGUGGAUUAAUAUGUGAUGAAUGCCCAGCUGGGUACGUGGGACCACGCUGUGAAAGGUGUGCAGAAGGCUAUUUUGGACAACCUCUAAUACCAGGGGGAUCAUGCCAGCCAUGCCAGUGUAAUGACAACCUUGACUUCUCCAUUCCUGGCAGCUGUGACAGCUUGUCUGGUGCUUGUCUGAUAUGUAAGCCAGGUACAACAGGCCAAUAUUGUGAGAGGUGUGCUGAUGGAUAUUUUGGCGAUGCUCUUGAUGCAAGGAACUGUCAACCCUGUCACUGUCACAUCAAUGGCUCCUUCUCAGAAAUCUGUGACUCUCGGACAGGCCAGUGCCAGUGUAAAGCCAACGUGAUUGGGCGCCGGUGCGAUGUCUGCCAGCCCAGCUACUUCUGGGCCCCAGAAAAGCUGUUUUGUAUACCCUGUGGCUGCAGUGCUUUAGGAUCCGUAUCACUGCAAUGUGAUAUGUCAGGAAGAUGUAUCUGCAAAUCAGGAUUCAUGGGCAGACGCUGUGAGAUCAGCAGACAGGUGCCUAAAUUGAAAGAAAAUGCACGAAGGAGUCAGCAGAUCCGAGUCCCACCUCGGAGAUGGGGCAUCAGCAGUGCCAGUGGGUGCCCACGGGGUGCUUACCGGCCUGCUACUCUGCCUGAAACAUUUGGCUUACAGUCUUCAGGAGGAUGUGUUCCCUGCAACUGCAACUCUUUUGGUUCCAAGUCCUUUGACUGCGAUGGAGAUGGACAGUGUUAUUGCCAGCCUGGAGUGACAGGAAAGAAGUGUGACCGCUGUGCUCAUGGAUUUUACAACUUUGAAGAAGGAGGCUGUACUCCCUGUGAGUGUUCACGUUUUGGUAAUAACUGCGAUCCCAUCAGUGGCCGCUGUAUCUGCCCUCCUAAUACUGUUGGCGAGAUGUGUGACAAAUGUGCACCAAAUUCCUGGGGCCAUGACCUUGUCAGUGGCUGCAAGCCCUGUGACUGCAGCCUCAUUGGAGCCCUGAGUUCUCAGUGUGACUUAAACACAGGCUGUUGCUUCUGCCGCCCUGAAUUCUCUGGGGAUAAAUGCACCGAGUGCAGGUCGGGUUACUGGAAUUAUCCGCAAUGUGUUGCUUGUCAGUGCUUCCUGGCAGGGACUGAUCCACAGAGCUGUGAUACAGAGUUGGGGAAGUGCUCGUGCAUUGAUCAUACUGGCCAAUGCAGCUGCAAGGUUAAUGUGGAAGGUGUCCACUGUGACAGGUGCAAGUCUGGUACAUUUGGUCUCUCUGCCAGAAACCCACUUGGCUGCAGCAGUUGCUAUUGCUUUGGCCUGACUACACAGUGCAGUGAGGCAAGGGGGCUGAUUCGCAUGUGGGUUACCUUGAAGCCAGAGCAAAUGAUUCUACCACUGGUGGAUGAGAAGCUUCAGCGCAGCACUCUUUCAGGGAUUGCAUUCCAGCCUCCUGAAAUAGUAGCAAAUAUAGAACAGGUGAUGCAGGAUCUUCGGUCAGAACCUGUUUACUGGAGACUUCCAGAGCAGUUUGAGGGACGAAAGUUGACUGCUUAUGGAGGGAAACUGAAAUAUGCAAUCUACUUUGAAGCACGAGAAGAAACAGGUUUUACUACUUACUACCCACAAGUCAUCAUAAGAGGUGGGCCCCCCACCAAUACAAGAAUUAUUGUCCGGCAUAUGGCUGCCCCUUUAAUUGGGCAGCUGACAAGGCAUGAGAUAGAGAUGACAGAGCAUGAAUGGGUAUAUUACGGUGAUGACCAAAGACUCAGAAACACUGUGUCCUGGGAAUAUUAUCAUGAUGACUCAGGUGUCAACAGGACGGUGUCCCAGGCAGAUUUCACAUGGAAGUAUUAUGGAGAUGACUCAAGACCAAGUAGAGCUGUAACCCGGGAAGACUUCCUGAGUGUGUUGUACGAUGUUCAUUACAUUCUCAUUAAGGCAACUCAUGGCAAUAUCAUGAGGCAGAGCAGGAUUUCUGAGAUCGCCAUGGAAGUUGCUGAAGCCGGCACUGUGUCUGGGAUGACUCCUCAGGCUUACCUGAUUGAGAAAUGUGACUGCCCAUUGGGUUAUUCUGGUUUGUCUUGUGAGUCAUGCUCUCCAGGAUUUUAUAGGCUUCCAUCUUCACCUGCGGGAAGGACACCUGCUCAGCCCUUAGGUGCCUGUGUUGUAUGUCAGUGUCAUGGACACAGUACUAUGUGUGACCCUGAAACAUCGAUUUGUCAGAAUUGUCAGCACAAUACUGCUGGUCACCACUGUGAGAGAUGUGCGCUGGGAUUUUAUGGCAUUGUCCAAGGCUCUCCGAAUGACUGUCAGCCUUGUGCUUGUCCCCUGUCUAUUUCUAGUAACAAUUUUAGCCCUUCUUGUGUUGCGGAAGGACCUAGUGAUUACCGGUGUACUGCAUGCCCACCUGGAUAUGAAGGCCAGUACUGUGAAAGAUGUUCUUCUGGCUACAUGGGAAAUCCACAGGCUCCGGGAGGCUCGUGCCAGGAAUGUGAGUGUGAUCGAUACGGUUCCCUGCCUGUCCCCUGUGACCCUGUCACUGGACAGUGCACUUGCAAGCCUGGAUUCACAGGGUGGAAGUGUGUUGGCUGUGAACAUCGGCAUGCACGUGAUGGCAUGAAAUGCAUUUCUUGUGAUGAUGAAUGCACAGGACUCCUUCUCAGUGACCUGGAUCGGUUAAACCAGAUGAUCCUGAGUGUUAACCUUAGUGGUCCACUGCCUGCUCCAUAUAAAAUAUUGCAUGGUUUUGAGAACAUGACACAGGAAUUAAAGCAUUUGCUUUCACCUCAGCGAGCACCAGAGAGACUUCUUCAGCUAGCACAAGAAAAUCUGGAUACCCUGGUGACAGAAAUGGAUGAACUACUGACAAGAGCUACCAAGGUGACAGCAGAUGGUGAGCAAACCAGGCAGGAUGCUGAGAGGACUAAUGACAGAGCGAAAUCUCUUGGACAGUUCGUCAAAGGCAUUCUCCAAGCUGCUGAAGCUGCAAAUGAAGAUGCUAUAAAACUGAACGAGACACUCAGAACCUAUGACGAGACCUUGGAGAAGGGUCUUCCAGAGCUGCAGAGUGAGGCCGAAAGAAUGAUUGCAGCGUUGAGAAACAGAGCGCUGAAUAUGCAAGAAAGAAUAGCUCAAGAUGAGUUAAAGAAUGCAGAAGAUCUUUUGGACAAGGUGAAGAAAUUAUUUGGUGAGCCCAGUGAGAAAAAUGAGGAUCUCAAAAAUGAGGUCCGGGACAAGCUAGCAAACUACCACACCAAAGUUGACGAUGCUCGAGAUCUGCUAAGAGAAGCUACAAGUAAAAUUAGGGAGGCUGAUCGUUUAUCUGCAGUCAACCAAAAAAAUAUGACCAUGGUAGAGAAAAAGAAGCAAGCUGUGGAAGAUGGCAGGCAAGAUGUUGAGAAGAGCCUGCAGGAAGGGAAUGAUGUCCUUAAUGCAGCCAACAAACUUGCAAAUGAAAUCAGCUUAGCUGUAGAGUAUGUAGAAGGAGUUGCAGAUAAGAUACAGCCAAUGUCUGAUCAGCUGAAGGAUAAAAUAGAUGACUUAUCACAAGAAAUUCGUAACAGGAUGCUUCCAGAAAAGGUGUUGCAAGCUGAGAACCAUGCAGCCCAGCUGAAUGAAUCAUCUGCAAUACUGGAUGGAAUCCUCGAUGAAGCCAAAAACAUCUCUUUCAAUGCCACACUUGCUUUCAACGCAUACACUAACAUCAAGGAUUACACAGAUGAAGCUGAAAAAGUUGCCAAGGAAGCCAAGGCUCUUGCAAAUGAAGCUAUGCAAGCGACAUCUGGUCCUCAAGGAUCGUUGAAGGAUGGUGCCAAGAGCUCUCUUCAGAAAAGCUUCCGGGUCCUUAAUGAAGCCAACAUGUUAGAAAAUGAUGUUAAAGAAAAGGGGAACAACCUGGCCAGCAUGCAGAACAGGCUGAAAGACGCUGAUGAGAAUAAUUCCAUCCUCCUGAGAGUUUUGAAUGAAACCUUGGGAAAGCUGUCAGCCAUUCCUAACGAUACAGCUAUAAAGGUUCAGGCAGCCAAAGACAAAGCAAGACAAGCCAAUGAUACUGCAAAUGACGUCCUGGCCCAGAUUAAAGACCUUAACCAGAAUCUCCUGGUCCUGAGAAACAACUACAGUAAACUUGCAGAUGACGUGGCAAAAACAAAUGCCGUUGUGAAGGAUCCUAUGAAGAACAUUGCUGAUGCAGAUUCCAGUAUUAAAACCCUAGAAAAGGAAGCAGAUCGCCUGCUAGAUAAAAUCAAGCCAAUCAAAGAACUUCAGGAUAACUUAGGGAAAAACAUUUCUCAGAUAAAAGAGCUGAUAAACCAAGCUCGGAAGCAAGCCAAUUCGAUCAAAGUGUCCGUGUCCUCUGGAGGCAAUUGUAUUCGCACAUACAGACCAGAAAUAAAGAAGGGAACAUACAACACCGUCAUUGUCAAUGUGAAGACUCUAGUUGCUGACAAUCUGCUUUUUUACCUUGGAAGUGCCAAGUUUACUGACUUCUUGGCCAUAGAGAUGCGCAAAGGCAAGGUGAGCUUCCUGUGGGAUGUGGGAUCUGGUGUUGGACGGGUUGAGUAUCCAGAUCUGACCAUUGAUGAUGGGUUUUGGUACCGGAUUGAAGCCUCUAGGACUGGGAAAAAUGGCACAAUAUCAGUGCGAGCUCUGGAUGGUCCUAAAGCCAGCAUUGUGCCAGCCACAUUCACUGCGGUCUCUCCACCUGGAUAUACCAUUCUGGAUGUAGAUGCUAAUGCCGUGCUGUUUGUUGGUGGUUUAACUGAAAAAAUAAAGAAGUCAGAUGCUGUAAGAGUCACCACCUUCACUGGCUGCAUGGGCGAGACCUUUCUAGACAGCAAGCCCAUAGGACUGUGGAAUUUCAGGGAUAUUGAAGGUGACUGCAAAGGGUGUGCCGUCAGUCCACAGGUGGCAGAUGGUGAAGGGACAGUCCAGUUCGAUGGCGAAAGCUAUGCCAUGGUGAGCCGCCCAAUCCGCUGGAACCCCAAUAUUUCCACAGUCAUGUUCAAAUUCAGGACCUUCUCAUCAAACGCCCUGCUGAUGUAUCUUGCUACUGAUGACUUGAAGGAUUUCAUGAGUGUUGAACUCAGUGGUGGGCGUAUAAAAGUCAGCUACGACCUAGGUUCAGGUACAGCUUCUGUUAUCAGCAACCAAAAUCAUAAUGAUGGCAAAUGGAAAUCUUUCACCCUGUCAAGAAUUCAGAAGCAAGCCAACAUAUCAAUUGUAGACAUAGACACCAACGAAGAAGAGACCUUAGCAACAACUUCUGCAGGCAGCCACUUUGGACUCAACUUAAAAGGGCAUGAGAAAAUAUAUUUUGGGGGAUUGCCAACCCUGAGAAAUCUAAGGCCUGAAGUGAACAUAAAGAAAUACACAGGUUGCCUCAAAGAGAUUGAAAUUUCAAGGACACCGUAUAAUAUAUUGAGUAGUCCUGAUUUUGUUGGUCUAACCAAAGGAUGCACACUAGAGAACAUUUAUACAGUUAGCUUCCCCAAGCCAGGUUUUGUGGAACUGCAGCCUGUUUCCUUUGACGUGGGCACAGAAAUCAACCUCUCCUUCAGCACCAAGAAUGAGUCUGGGAUCAUCUUGUUUGGCACAAGUGGCACGGUUGUCCCUCCCAGGAGAAAGCGCAGGUUUACUGGAAGGAAAGCUGCCCCUCCGAGGAGAAAGCGCAGACAGACGGGACAGGCCUACUAUGCAGUGUUCCUGAACAGAGGUCGACUAGAAGUGCAUAUCUCCACUGGGGUACGGGAUCCCCACAGAAUCACCAUCAAACCAGAAGCUGGCGAGUUUCACGACGGCAGAGCACACUCCAUCCGGAUAGAGAGAGCUAAAGGGAUGUUCACUGUUCAAGUAGAUGAGGACAAAGUCCAGACUCAGAGAUUGCCAACGGACCAGCCCAUCUCUGUUAAGAAACUCUUCGUGGGGGGUACUUCUUCUCAGUUUCAGACUGCACCUCUCAGAAACAUACCACCAUUUGAGGGCUGUAUAUGGAAUCUUGUCAUUAAUGCCACCCCCAUGGACUUCGCUCAACCCGUGUCCUUUGAAAAUGCGGAUAUUGGCCAAUGUCCCUCUCUAGAACCGGAGGUUAGGCCACCUGAGGAUGAAUAUAAACCAAUCCAUACAACAGUUCUGAUCCAACCUGAAUCAGACACUAAUGGGGAGAAAGAAAGACCAAGGACGACUCCUGCUUCCCCUCCUCCUCCACCAUCUCUAUCUUCAUCACUUGAUUCGCUUGCCACUGAAAUGAAGAGCGCCAGCAUUACUUCUGCAUUUGACUCCAUGACGGACUCCUGUGCCGCUGACACAGAACCCGCCAUUUUGGAAGGUGGCAAGCAAUUUGGUCUUUCAAGAAACAGCCACAUUGCAGUUGCAUUUGAUGACACCAAAGUGAAAAACAGACUUACAAUUGAAUUUGAAGUCCGAACAACGGCUGAUUCUGGCUUGAUGUUUUAUAUGGCCCGCAUCAACCAUGCUGAUUUUGCUACAGUCCAGCUAAAGAAUGGGCUGCCUUACUUCAGCUAUGAUCUGGGGAGUGGAGACACCAACACAAUGAUUUCCAACAAAAUAAAUGAUGGCCGGUGGCACAAGAUUAAAGUCAUUCGAACCAAGCAAGAAGGAAACCUUAUAGUAGAUGAUGUUUCAAACAGAACUGUUAGCCCCAAGAAGGCUGAUAUAUUGGAUGUUGUAGGAAUGCUGUAUGUUGGAGGAUUGCCCAUUAACUACACAACUAGAAGAAUUGGCCCGGUCACCUAUAGCAUCGACGGCUGCAUCAGAAGUUUUAAAAUGACAGAGUCACCUGUUGACCUGGAUAAUCCAACUUCCAGCUUCAAUGUUGGAAAAUGCUUUGUCACUGCACAGAAAGGAACAUACUUCGAUGGAACAGGCUUUGCCAAAACAGUUGGUGCAUACAAAGUGGGAACAGACCUGCUCGUGGAAUUUGAAUUCCGUACAACACGAACGAAUGGUGUUCUCCUAGGAGUCAGCAGCCAAAAAAUGGAUGGGCUGGGCAUCGAGUUAGUUGACGGAAAGGUGAUGUUUCACGUUGACAAUGGUGCAGGCCGAUUCUCUGCUAUCUAUGAGCCCGAUGCACCAGGCAGCUUGUGUGACGGACAGUGGCACAAGGUUCUUGCAAACAAGAUCAAACACCGCUUAGAGCUGACUGUGGAUGGCAGACAGGUGGACGGCAACAGCCCAAACAGGGCCUCCACCUCAGCAGACACCAACGACCCUGUCUAUGUCGGAGGAUAUCCUGAUGGCGUGACCCAGUUUGGGCUGACCACUAAUAUCCGUUUUAAAGGAUGUAUUCGGUUUCUGAAGCUCACCAAGGGUACUGCUAAACCUCAAGAGAUUAACUUCAGCAAAGCUUUGGAGCUGAAGGGUGUUCAACCACUGUCAUGCCCUGCAAACUAACUGUCAUUCAGCUGUUUAUAUAAGCACCUCAGAUUAAGAAAGAAAAAAAAAUCUAUAUAUACAUUGCAUUCAUAAUAAAAUGUCUUUAUGCAAGUAUUUAAGUAGUGUUUGUGGU